UAGCGAACGAAGGCCGAACCAAUUAUACGAAUUCAAAAGUCAUUUAUAUAUUUGACGUUAAUUACGGGUAUAUACAACUAAAUGUAUCUCUAUCGUCUUCUUGUCAAUCUUUCUAUUUGAAAUCGAUAUAACUUUUAAAGUUCGAAUCAACCAUUCGGUAGAUGCAAUUGAAAAAAAUGUUGAUAAACACUAUCCAGAAUAAAUAGGAUUUAAACAUCUGCUGUUUAUUUUCAUUGCUUCAAUAAGAGUUAUAUAUUUUUCGAUUGAAAGUGCUAAUCCUAUAUCCAUACAGAAGCGCGUUUUCGUUCCGCCAAGUGCGACCAAAUUUAUGUUGGAAUUUAAACUAGUAGAAACUUUACACUAUUAAUUUCUCUAAGAGAUUGGAAACGGUCCAGAUCGUGGAUAAUAGCAACGGCAUAAUUUUACCUAAACAAGAUGCAGUACCAAGACAACCCCUAUGCCAUGUCUCUGGUAAAUAAAUACAGACCAGACAACUUUAACACCACAUAUGGAACAUCAUAUAUGAAAGUGCCCACGUUUCAGGUAUCACCAGCGUAUGAACCAUUUCGGGAGCCAGAGCGACCUGGGCGCUGGUUCCCGCAGGACUUAAAUCCGUAUCCCUCCGCGCGUGAUGAAUCGUCAAUACGCAACAAGAAGCCGUACCAACAAAUGAGCUACUACGAGCAGGAACAACUUGAGCGCAUGCAGAAAGAAAGAGAAUACAGAGCUCGUUCAGAAGAAGAUACUCCAAGGAGAGAUGAAUACAGGGAACCGCCACCGGGCAAUAUGCAACAAUAUUACCAAGAGCAACAGUACGAAGGCCAAAAAGGCCACCAUCAAGAGCGAGGACACCAGCAAGAACGAGGUCGACCGCAGGAAAGGAUGCGCGAUGUCAGAUCAGAACAUCUGCGCGCACAGUAUGACGAUCUUGUGGUGGAUGGACAAUCAGCAGAUCCACAUGACCAUAGAAAGUGCAUGUGUCAUAAAUGCUUCAAACCGGAUGUGUGUAUGAACAAACUAGGCUGUGCUCAUCAGUUUUGUGACGAGUGCAUGUCAAUGAUGCCGGGAUCUGAUGGCCCCUUCCGGGACUCUAUACGCUGGCACUACUGCUGUGAUCUCUGUAGAAAAUGGACCCCGGAAUCCAAGCUCAUCCGCACCGAUCCGAUUGGACGUAGAAUGUUUAAUCCUUACGGAUUUUACUAGACGGUAUGUUCCAGUUCCAGUAGCUGCAACCGUAUUACAUGAAAUUCCACGACAUUGGUUAUUUCAAGACUUCAUAAGGGUGUGGGAAUGAUUUUACUUGGACUUGUCUGUGAUAGAGAUUAAAUGGCUGAUUCUUGGUGUUUUAUUUUAUUUAGAAAUGUUUCUGUCUUCUUAUCGAAAAUACUUGCUUUUGAAAAAUGUGGUCAGUCUUGAAAAUAGAAUUCCUCGACGUCUUUAGUCAACAUCUAUCCUGGAAUGAAAGCAAAAUCACCAUUUGCUGAAAGGAAAAAUGUCGGAUUUUUUUUUAAACAUAUUUUACAUUUUUUUCUCCAGUCUGACGAAUGGAUGGAUAAACAAUCGGGCUUUCUUUUUAAAUACCACAAGAAACAGUCAUCAUUUGGUCUUUUUUCUAUGUGUGUUUCCCCCAACGCAGAGAUUACUUGCAAAAACUGCCUUUUUAUGUAAAACUUAGAUGUGGUGUUUUGCGAAAACAAAUCAAUUUAUUUUUAAAUACAGUCUUGACAGCAGUACAUAAAAACGUACUACAAGUCUGUCUGGACAAUUUAUUGCCGAUUGGUUUAGGAUAAAAAAACGAAACCUAGAGGAUACUUUUCUCCUGUAGGUUAAUCAUGUUUGGCACUAUAGAAGAAACUGUACCUAUUUAUAAUCAUAUAACCGUGAGCUGACUGUCAGUAAGAAAGUGACAUUUUCAGUCAUCUUUCUUCUCAAAACAUAAUCCACAAUGUACAUAGGACUGUUCUUCUGGUGUAUUUUUGAACUAAAUUUUAACCCUCACUCUGCUAAAUUUCUAUAAUGAACUUGUCCAUCUUUCAGUUUUGACAGUACCAUUAACUGUUAAAAGGGGCCGCUUACCAAAAAGAUACUGACUGAAUGGCGAACAGUGCAGACCAUGAUCAGACUGCGCGGAUGUGCAGGUUGAUCUUGAUCUGAACUGGUCGCAAAGGCUGAAUCAGUCUUGCCUGCAGCAGGGUAAGGAUUAAAGUAACGAACUUUUAAAAACUACGAAAGUUCAGCGUCAUGGAUGCAUUAUACUCUCAUUCUCAUCCACCAGGCUAUGUGAAAUUGUAUACACAGAGAUACCGUAGAAACAAUGGUUGGCACAUGUAUUUCUAAACUUUGUAAGUUUUGGCUUCCCUUGUCUGUAAAUCUGUGAUAUAUGUUAUAUUUUAUAAUUGUUUGUGUGCUGAGGUAUUUUGUGAUUGAAUAACUCAAUACUUACAUUUCAUUAUAAAUUUUCAUUAAAUAUUUUUAUUUUUGUGUAGAUAAUUGUACAUUCAAAUAAACAAUUUUUAUGGAAAAAACUGAA